GAGGCAGUAUUGAUUGCAUGUGCUAGCGACAAGCUACAAUGCAUUCACUAAUGCGCUCCAACCAACAAUGUUGGCGCCAGAAGAUCAGUGGCGCCAGCUCUACAGAAAGAGAGAGGAAGACAUAGCCGACAGUCGCAGGGAAGCAAGCAUCAAGCAAGGAAGCAUCAAGGAGCUAUCGGUCGGAAGAGCACAUAAACAUAUUUUCCCCAACUAACACAUAAGCGAAGACAAAGAGACCUCUGACUGCUGAUCUAAGCACCCUCGCCAACAACGCUGUGCUUGCCAUACUAAGUGGAGUUAUCUCUACCAACCCAAGUCCCUUAAAGCUUCUCGUCCGGCAAUAAAACGGAGGUCGUCGGGCUGGAGUGUGUUCUCAUGGCCGAGUCAGAGACUGAGUGUGACACACCCGGCCUUGACACGCUGGGGUCGGAGUGUGUCAUUGCCCACAGCCAGGUCGACCUGCACUAUGCGGCCGAGACAGAGAUAAUGACAGAGGAGAAACGUGGUCUGGAGCUGGAGAUCCACGGUGCCGACCUGUCCAAGAUGGACGGGCUUACAGCGGUGGCGUGUGUGGAUGCCAUUGUCACAGAGACGGACCACGACUAUGUGACCAAGGUGGAACACCAGGGGGAGAUCCAGUGCUUCACCAUGGGGGGUGACGGUAAGGGGGAGGCGCUGCUUGGGGAGGUGCUGCUGAAAACCGAGACGGAGCAUGUGGUGAAGGUGGAGUCGGACCAUGUGGGCGGCGAGCUGACGGUGGAGUCGGAGAACGGCGUUGUGAUCCACGAGGCCCACGGCCUUCAGUGCAACGAGUGUGGCGAGAUCUUCGGCAGCAUGGCUGACCUGCACCAGCACUUUGAGAUCCAUAAGGCCACUAACCCGUACAUCUGCGUGCACUGUUGCGAGAGCUUUGCUGUGGAGUCGAGCCUCAAGCAGCACAUGAAGAUCCACAUGAAGGAGAAGGCCUAUGCCACCACGGGUGUGGAGAUGGUGGGCAAGGGAGUGAUCGACGCGUUCAACCUCAAGUCUCACCAGAUGAUCCACAGCCCGGAGAAGCCGCACCGUUGCUCUGAGUGCGGCAAGAGCUUCGCGGCGGCCAUCACCCUGCGGGAGCACAUGAAGAUGCACUCGGAGGACAAGCCAUACAAGUGCACCCAGUGCAGGAAGAGCUUCAUCCGCCGGCGCCACCUAAAGAAGCACCAGGAGCUCCAUGCCAGGGAGAAGCCCUUCACCUGUUCCCAGUGCGGCAAGGGCUUCACCACGGCCUCCAACCUGAAGCAGCACCAGAGGACCCACGCAGGCGACAAGCCCCACCGCUGCACACAGUGCGGCAAAUGCUUUGCUGCCGCCGCCACCCUGCGGGAGCACCAGCGCAUCCACUCCGGGGAGAAGCCCUACAAGUGCAACCAGUGCAGGAAGAGCUUCGUCCGCAAGCGCCACCUCAAGAAGCACCAGCAAGUCCACGCUGGUGGGAAACCCUAUUCCUGCUCCCAGUGUGACAAGAGCUUCAACCACUCCUCCUCGCUCUCACGGCACCACAAGGUCCACCUGGAAGCCCGCAUCUACUCAUCCCCUCCCCAGGGCAAGGCCUUCUCUUACGGGUCCUCAAUGAAGCAGCAGGCUAGGAUGCACCAGGGCGGGGGUGGUGGCGCUGGCGACAAACCGUACAGCUGCAACCACUGCGACAAGAGCUUCAAUCAUUCCUCCUCCCUGUCCCGCCACCAAAGAACCCAUUCGGAGGGGAAGAGCUACACCUGCAGCCACUGUGGGAAGAGGUUCAACCACUCCUCCUCCCUGUCCAGGCACCAGCGUGUUCACCAGGAGGAGAAGCAGCAGGCCCAGCAGCAGCAGGUGGUGGUUCAGCAGCAGUACAGCGCCGUGCCCUCGACGAAGGGGUUCCCCCACACCACCAUCCUGAAGCAGCGCAUCCUGGCCAGUGAGAAGCCGUACCGAUGCUCCCAGUGUGGCAAAGGCUUCAACCAUUCAUCCUCCCUCUCCAGGCAUCAUAGGAUCCACAUAGACCAGUGAGCUCCCUGCACAAGCGUGCUCAGUCCUUCAGUCUCUCUCACACGUGCAUACAAACACACCCACACACGUGCACACACACCCCUGACUGAUAAUACACCCCUGUGAUGCUUCUGUUCUACCAGUCGGUCUUGAGCUCCAAACCUCGACGACAGCGAAUAAACCGUCUCUCUCAGUAAGUGUAGAUGCCAGGAGCAGUUUGUCUGCCUUCGUGUGGAGCGGUAAAAACAAAUGGAUGACACAAUGAGAAUAACCUUUUCUUUUUCAAGAGGAGGAAAACAUGAAAAAAUAGUUUUGGCCUGAAUUUAAAAGGACCUAUAAUAACCCUUUAUAGAGGAGAUGUCAAAGUUGGGUUGUUGACCAGUUCCUUGGACUUUCAGACAAGUUCAUUUUGAAUUAUUUGUGUGAUGGACAUUUUGAAUGAGCCUGUAUUUCUCAUUUGUGAUUGUGCUUAACUUUUGCUCCAGAAACCCUCUUUUUGAUUGCUUUUAAGAAAAAUUUGAUCUAGAUGAAAAUAUUACCUAACGGAGAGAAACUCUUGUAAUUUCAUUCAUGCAUAACCCCCCACCCCCAUAAUAUGGAGUGCUUUUCCCAUCUAACCUUUGUUCAUGUCAAUCGCCCCUUUUUGGCUACCGAUGCAACUUGCUUUCAAGUCUUACUGUCUUGAUGGCAUAAAUUGGCCAUUUCUCCAUUGUGCUUUUUUACCCUAUCGUACUGAACUCAUGAAAAAUGGACAAAAAAAUCCAAUGUAAAUAAUUGUUAAUUUUCUUUUCUUUUUUUUUUUAUAUAUCUGUAUAGGUGUCUAGUGUGCAGUUUUGUUGCAGGAAAAAAUGUUUUUGAUAGUAACAUCCACAUAGUCUUUCUCAAUCCCAUUUUUGUUUUAUCAGUUUUUGUUUUAAGUGUUACAGAGCUACCAGGAAAUGUUGCUACUGCUCAUGUAUGUACAUACUGUCAAAUCUAGGGUCUGGGGCUCUAUCCAGUGUGAUGCAUCUUUAUAUGUAUCAGGUAAAGUGGAUGGGUAUGUACCUAGCGAUGUGGUCAGUAUUGUACAGUUAAAGACUGUAAAGCAAUACUGCCAAGAGCCACCAUAUUAUGGAAUGCAAUUAGUAGUCAUGACAAGUGGGCAAGAUGCGUCAUAGAAAAUAAAACUGUCUGGUAGCGUAAUCUGAAGUUGACUUGCGUCUUGUUUCAUUGAUUCCCUAUCAAUUUCUGUCCCAGCACCAAAUGUACAUUAUUGUUAUUACAGAGACGAUGGGCUGGACUCAGAUGUUAAAUUUAUUUCUGGCUAUUGCUUUGGAGACUUUUAUUCUAUUAGCAGUGUAUAGAAUUAUAGUUAACUUCUAUUCUGAAGACCUUCUAUGAAGCUAUCAAAUCAGACAGUGUAAUAAUAGCUUGUGUAUACUAAUCCAGGCGACUCCAUGACUAUAGAUUGCACACCCUUCAUUCUGAACUUCCAGGUUUGGUUUACCAAAUUCAUGGCGUUGCGCUUUCUAUUUACUGUUGUGUAAAAAUAUAUUUUACGAGCUGAUGUAUUUUUUUAAAUAUGGUUUGGGUCAUUAGAAAGGGAAAACAGUUUUUAAGGUAGGGAAUGUUAUUUUGGAGUUAUUUUAUUUCUUGCCCCUUUUGAAUAAGAAUAGUUUCAAACCGUAGUGUAGGCUUAUUCUUUGUGUUAGGUAGGUGCCUUAAUGCAUGCUAUAUAGAAAAUGUAAGCUGAGCUGUCACUGGAGAAAAAAUACAGUUGUAUGGUUUUGACAACUCCUUUUUUUCCUUUAUUCAUACUAACUUACCCCCAACAUUUAAGUUCACUAUUUUUUUGGGCUUUAUGUAUUACUGAGUGUUUACACACUGCUUCCAUCAUCAUUGUCUUUGUUUUAUUUUAUCUGUUGAUUGGCCUCAAUGUAGAUUUCCUUUUCAGAGGUUGAAUUUAAAAAAAAAAGUGAGUUUCAAUGUCAUUGAUUCAUAUAGGGCUUUUUCUAUAGUUUCCUCCUGGCUUCACUGCUCCUUCAGAUCUGAGUGGCACAUAUGGAAAAAUAAAGAUUGACUGUCAACAUUG